CUACCUUGUUUUUCAUAUAAGGCGAAAAGGGAAAAGGAAAAUUUCCUUCCGACGAUAAAUCCCUCUCCAGUUCCCGUUGCGUUUCAUCUCUCUUAGUAGGGGACGGAGAGGAUUUCACUGUGAUGGGGCAACAAUCGUUGAUCUAUGCCUUCGUGGCGCGAGGCACGGUGGUUUUGGCAGACUACACCGAGUUCUCCGGCAACUUCACCUCCAUAGCUUCUCAGUGUCUCCAGAAGCUCCCGGCUUCCAACAACAAGUUCACUUACAACUGCGAUGGCCACACCUUUAACUAUCUCGUCGAUAACGGCUUCACUUAUUGUGUGGUUGCUGUUGAAUCGGUUGGACGGCAAGUGCCAAUUGCCUUUCUUGAGAGAAUUAAGGAGGAUUUUACCAAGAGAUAUGGUGGAGGAAAAGCUGCGACUGCUCCUGCAAACAGCCUGAGCAAGGAGUUUGGGCCAAAACUGAAGGAGCAUAUGCAGUACUGCAUUGAUCAUCCAGAGGAGAUUAGUAAGAUUGCCAAAGUGAAAGCUCAAGUUUCAGAAGUCAAAGGAGUUAUGAUGGAAAACAUUGAGAAAGUUCUGGACCGUGGUGAGAAAAUUGAGGUUUUGGUGGAUAAAACUGAAAACCUUCGCUCUCAGGCUCAAGAUUUCAGGCAGCAGGGAACCCAGAUGAGGAGAAAGAUGUGGUUGCAGAACAUGAAAAUAAAGCUGAUAGUUCUGGGAAUUCUGAUCGCCUUGAUUCUUAUCAUCGUGCUGUCUGUUUGUCAUGGCUUCAAAUGUUGAUACUCUAGUUAUAGUUAUAGUUCCUUUAAUUGCAUGUCCUUUUUCUGCUGUAGCCUACAUAGGGAGACUCUGCAUAUUUGUGUAGGCGUAGCACCCAGUAUAUUGAUGCGUGGAAAUUCGAAGCAGAGAAAUUGAAUUUUGAAAA